UCUAUUAGCCUCCAUUUCAGGGCAUCUCUAGUACUUGUAGUAGAGAUGAUGAACGUUCUAGUCAUCCAACCCGUGAUUACCGUGCUGGUAGUAUACGUGUUCUCACAGUUGAGCGCCGCUAUCGUGAGCACCGCGGAGCCGUUCCGAACGGCAAGAAUGGAACAAACUCUAACGGGGCCGCAUGAAACCAACCUGGAAGGCUUGCCCAACUUGGGAUUGGAAGCAUCAAAACCAGACAUUGGAACAACUGAUGGUUUCGUUGAGGAACUUGAACGAAUAGCCCAGGUAUUGACCGACUUGCUUGGCAGUCCAGCACUUACUGAUAGUUUUCCAGAAGGAGUCCAGCAAAAUUGUGGGUAUAGUGGCAUUCAAGCUCAGCAAUGCCAGGACAUGGGAUGUGCCUGGCUCAAGUUUCAUAAUUAUCAACAUCAGUGCUUCCUACCCGGCACUGAAAGCCCAGAAUAUAUUGUAACCGCUGUUUGGGACACGCCUACUGGAUUGAAGGCAUCUCUCAACACCAAUAGUUCCUCAGGUCGCUAUGGCACUCCAAUUACGCCUGUGAUGCUGCAAAUUGACUUUGAUACUGACCAGCGACUACAUGUCAAGUUUACGGAUGAUACCAGCCAGAGAUGGGAAAUACCAAGCAAAUUCUCACCUGUGCCUGACGCACCUACCAAGCAAGCAUCAAACCCAAUGUACACUGUCAUUAUCGCUGAACCUGGCGAGGUUUUCUUUAUCAAGAUUGGGCGGAGAUCUGAUGGCGAGAUCAUUUUUGACUCAACGGCAACCACAAGCUCCGAUGGCUUCGCAUUCUUUGAUCAGUACCUGUCCAUCGCCACUCGACUACCUUCAAGUCCAAACAUCUAUGGUCUCGGAGAACGCGUCCAUUCUCUAAAGCUGUCCCCGGGAACGUAUACCAUGUGGAACUUUGAUACGCCUACUCCUCCCAACGUUAAUCUGUAUGGCUCACAUCCCUUCUACAUGGACCUUCGCAGGUCAGGCGCUGCGCACGGUGUGUUCUUACGCAACAGCAACGGCAUGGAUGUUACGCUCCAUCAGUCCAAGCUCCGUCAGUCCACUCUGACAUACAAGGUGAUUGGAGGCGUCCUUGACUUCUACUUUUUCCUUGGCCCCACUCCGGAAGAAGUGGUUGUUCAAUACCAGCAAGUCAUCGGACGUCCUCAUAUGCCACCCUAUUGGGCACUGGGCUUCCACCAGUGCCGCUACGGAUACGAAAACGUCCAGGCUCUCGAGACGGCGGUGUCUAGAUAUGCGACCCACCAGAUUCCUCUGGAUACGAUGUGGAGUGACAUUGACUACAUGGAUGCGAACAAGGACUUUACGCUUUCGCCAACAAACUACCCCAGGAAGGAGAUGAUCAGUUUUGUCAGCAAGCUCCAUGGCCAUGGUCAGCGCUAUGUGAUAAUUAUUGAUCCUGGUAUUCAUAACCAAGAUGGUUAUGCAGCUUAUGAAGAUGGCAAAGAGCAGGACAUCUUUAUCAAGGACAGACAUGGCAAGAUAUUCAUUGGCAGGGUAUGGCCGGGGACAACUGCUUUCCCUGACUUCUUCAAUCCCAAGGCAGUGUCAUAUUGGAAGAAUGAAAUUUCGAAGUUUCUGGAUGUCUUACCAGUGGACGGGCUGUGGAUUGACAUGAAUGAGAUCAGUAGCUUAUGCAAUGGUUCUUGUGCUGAUGAUCUCGGUAGUUCCGUUGCAAAGGCUGCCAUUGCCGCCCCGCAGGAAAGAUCUGGGUUUGACGCUGUCAAUCCGCCGUAUGCUAUUCACAAUCAUGGUGGAGACAGUCCACUGAACGUUAAGACCUUAGAUAUGGACUGUGUCCAUGAUGGCGGUAUUUUGGAGUACAAUGCACACAAUCUAUAUGGAGUGACUGAGGCCAUUGCAACGAACAAUGCAUUGCAGACUCUGCAGGGCAAGCGCUCAUUGAUAAUUUCAAGGUCAACGUUCCCUGGCAGCGGCUCACACACAGGACAUUGGACAGGUGAUAACCAUGCCAGCUGGGAUGAUCUGUACAACAGCAUUCCGGGAAUGUUGAAUUUCCAGCUGUUCGGUAUCCCGCUAGUGGGGUCAGAUAUCUGCGGGUUCAUAGGGAACACUACAGAGGAGCUGUGUGGUCGAUGGAUGCAGCUCGGUGCAUUCUAUCCAUUUUCUCGCAAUCACAAUAUGAAAGGAGCAGCUUCACAAGAGCCAUAUAUAUGGGAAUCAGUGGCUUCAAUCAGUCGCAAAGUGUUGGGUGUACGCUACUCUAUCCUACCAUACUACUAUACGCUAUUCCACCUUGCUAACAAGGACAUUGUGGAUGGUGAUCCUGUGGCCACGGGGACUGUUACGCGACCUCUCUUCUUUGAGUUUCCAACGGAUCCCAAUACUUUUGCGCUUGACAAGCAGUUUCUGGUCGGGCCUGGCUUACUGGUUUCUCCUGUUUUAACACAAGGUACUACUAGUGUGGAUGCGUACUUUCCAGCUGAGCGUUGGUUUGAUUACUACGAUGGUGCCGAGCAGUCAUCCACCGGUGCCUAUGUAUCUCUCUCCGCUCCAAUGGAUCACAUCAAUCUUCACAUCCGUGGUGGUGUCACGAUUCCAAGACAAACACCAGCUCUGACAACUAAAGCCACCCGUACAAAUCCCUUCAACCUACUUGUUGCACUAGACGAAGACCAAUCGUCACUGGGCUAUCUGUUUUUGGAUGAUGGUGACUCCCUUGGUGACUCAAGUCAUAUGUUUAUCACCUACACCACUACGUGUGAGUCAUCUGGAUGCAUACUUCAAGCAAAGGUCACAACCAAGGGUUCAUUGGAAACCAACACCCCCAAACUGGAUGCCGUGACAGUGUACGGUGUUUCCGAGUCGCCCCUGCGUGUCUUCUUGAACAAGAAGGCUUUCACAAACUUUGCAUAUGACGCAUCUAACAAGGUGGUCAUCUUUUCCUCAAUGUCACAGAGAAUGGAAGAAAGUUUUGUCUUGUUCUGGUUGUGAAGUGGACCAAUUCUCAGCGAAUUAGUCCUUUGCAGUCCAGCACUGAUUCUCAGAUCCUGUGUUCUUUGCUUGACUGCACAUUGCAUGCAUGAUCCUUCUCCUGUCUAAUGCUUGUAAUAGUUCUUGUCCUUGCUGUACUUUGUCACGCAUGUAUUUGGGUGGAACUGAAUGAUGAAGACAAUCGUGAAUGAUAAUUCCACCAUACUGACUGAAAGAAUACCAAAUCUGUGUGCUCCAUUCAGACGGUG